GCCGACGACGAAGGUAGCCAAUCACAGCCGCCGUCGGCUAAUGCGGAAUCACGAUCACGAUCGUGAAAUGGCGUUGGCGUCGAACGUCUCUCGUACUUGAUGUGGUUGUGAAGUUUUGUUUACGUUCUUCCUAAACUUUCCAGGAUUGAUCUCUUCCAAUAUGGAUUACAAUGUUCGCUGAAGAUCCCUUAAUAGUCAUUAUUAAGAUUUUUUUUUAAAUACAUAGCCUGCCAAAGAAGAAUUGAGCCCAAUGUUCUCCAACAAUUCUAGUUCUCUUGAGAUUUCUUCUGUAGCAAAUGGCUCCACACAAAAUUUUGAAGAUAAUGGAGUAGAAGUGUUACAUGGAGCAGGUCAGUCUGCUGAACCUGCUCUCAGCACAUGUGGCAACGAACCUGUAGCCAAGGAGGGGUCCAGUGUCCCUACCAAACCUGUGCCUGACAUGAGAGACACACAAAAUUGCACCAAUGACUGGCCAGGCGAUGUGGGAAGCCAAGUGUCAUCCGUGUCAUCCACAUCACUUGCCAGUAGCAUCACCUCAACGGCAGCACAAAGUACUAAUAUCGAAAGUACAAUGCAAGAUGGUCUGUUUUCCAAAGAUGCUCCUACUGUUGUGCCCUCUCUCAGUGCCUCCGAGGUAGCUACUAGCAGCAGAAGCCUAGUGAAACCAUUGCACACGGGCUGUGAUUCCUGUGGCUGUUGUAAUCAUCACCCUGAUGACAACUGUGCCAGUUGUUUGAAGUCUGAGGCUUGCAGCAAUGCUUGCAGCCACCAAAUCACCACCCAAUCCUCUGCAGAGGAUGCCAGUGGGUGUCUCCUAGUGGAGACUGCCCACAAAAUGUCUGUGAUAUCCAGCUCAAGUGGCGUGGUGGUGGCCACAGAGAUGGAGCCUAUUCCUCCGUCCCUUAGCACCAGCUCAGGUGCUCCUCAGAGCACCAAAGCAGUGUUCGCCUGUGACCUUGAUUCUUCCAGCAGCAAUAAGCUGCCUCUGCAGCGCUUUGAGCCUAGCAAAGCUAAUGGCAUGGCAUUGCCCAAUGAGUCAAAGCAGCAUCACCAAAAUAAAAUCACGCCUGCUGCUGAAAUAGAGAUUGCAAAGUUCCCAGGCCAUCUCAUUCCUUCCUGGGAGGAGAAACUUACUACUGGUGCUCUUUCUGAUCAGGAUAAUAAUUACAAUAAGGCUAAUCAUAGUAAUAAUAGCGUUAAGGAACAUUCCCAAUUGGGAGGAGGAGAUGCCAAGCAGAGCAACAAUGCCUGGAGUCUAACUCCAUUCAACAUUCCUGAGGCAGAGGGGGAUGGCAAUUCUCGAGUGCCUCAAGCCAUUCAAGCAACGGUCCAGGGUAUUAAUGACAGUAGCAACCCACCUGCAAGCUUUAAUAAUAAUGUUAAUGUUAAUGAUUACGGUAAUGUUAAUGAUAAUGGAACUGCUCCUGUACUGGACAAGAGUACAAUUUUACUGAAUGACUACAGUUGUUUGAAUCUGCCAUCUGACAAAGACCGUGAAGCAUAUUCACCCUCCAAGAAAAUGAAUGUACCUUACAACCUGACUGAGGUCUCGAAGAAGCAAAACAAAGACUCAAUGGAAAAGUUGGUGAAGAAUUUCACUCAGCUGAAGAGUUGCGGUCAAAUGAUGGGACCUGCCAGCAACGCACGAUGGGGCAUUCCUCAAGGACUUGGUCUCCGUGGUGGGGGUGAAAGCUCCUUGAACAAUGGAACCACUGGUUGGGGAACACCUCCAAGUGGAAACAACAACUCGAACAACAACACCAACAACAGCAAUAACAAUCCUGGAGCGAAUUCUGCUGCUGCAGCUGGAUGGGGUACUGCCAAUUCCACCCCUAAUGCAGGAAACAAUCAAGGUGGCCAGUCCCAAUGGGGUGCACCCAACAACAACAGACCCAACACUGGGAACAAUCAGAAUGCUGGUGCUCCUCCUAUUGCUGGCCAAUCACCUCCACAAUCGAAUCCGCCUGGCCAGCCUGCUCCAAGCCAGCCAGGCCCUCAAGGCCAGCCCAACCAGCCACCAGGGCAGCAACAGACUCCGCCUGGUCAGCCUCAGCCUCAACCAAACCCUGCUCAGCCACCACCAACAUCUCAGCCUCCCCCUCAGAACGGAUCCAAUCCGUGGAGUCAAGGAGGGGACAUGGCAGGUCCUAAUCAGCCACCCCCGAGCGGCGGGCCUCCAAACAACAACAAUGGUGGGCCUCCAAACAAUGGGUCUGGAGUUCCUGGAGGGUUGCCUCCGACGAGUGGUGCUGCCACACCUGCUGCUCCAUCGACAAAGCAACAGUUGGAACAGCUCAACACCAUGCGCGAAGCGCUCUUCAGCCAGGAUGGAUGGGGUGGACAAAACGUGAACCAAGACACUGGCUGGGACAUCCCUUCAUCUCCAGAGCCUGCCACUAAAGAUAAUAAUGGAACGGACUUGUGGGAAGCCAACCUACGCAACGGCGGCCAGCCCCCUCCCCAGACUCAGCAGAAGACCCCGUGGGGACACACGCCCACCACCAACAUUGGCGGCACCUGGGGCGAGGACGACGAAGUGAGCGACAGCUCCAACAUGUGGACCGGAGUCCCUGCCAACCCCGGCCCCGGAGGCGUCGGCCCCGGCGGGCCCGGCCCGCAGUGGGGCGCUGGCGGCCCCGGACCGGGCGGUCCCGGAGGCCCCGGACCAGCGGGCGGCAUGUGGGGAGGACCGAAAAAAGACGACUGGAACCGAGGCAGCUCCAACUGGGGCGAGCCCCGCGGAGACCCUCGCGGCGGUGGCGGCGGCGGCGACCCCCGGAUGGGCAUGGACGCGAUGGGCGAUCCGCGCGACCCGCGCGACAUGAGAGGCGUUGGCGGCGGCGGCAUGGACCCUCGCGACAUGAGGGGCGUGGGACCGAACGACCCUCGCGACAUGCGCGGUGUGGACAUGCGCGGCGUGGACAUGCGCGGCGACCCCAUGAGGCCCAUGGACCCCAUGCGUGACCCAAGGGACAUGAGGGGCAUGGCGGACAUGCGCGGUGGCGACCCCAUGAUGCGCGGCGAUCCCCGCGGCAUUAGCGGCCGCCUCAACGGCGGCGUCAGCGACCCCUCGAUGUGGGGGCAGCCGCCCCAGCCGCCGCACCACAACAUGCCGCACCACCAGCAGUCGCAGCCCCCGCGCGUUGGGCCCGGCGGCGUCGGCUCUGGGGGCAACUUCCCUGGAGGUGUGAAUCAAUGGGCUGGUCCUCCUCCCAAAGAUAUUGGCAUGCCUGGAGGUGGCUCCAAGCCCUCAGGCUGGGAGGAACCAUCUCCCCCUCCCCAACGCCGUAACCUUACCAACUAUGACGACGGCACUUCCUUGUGGGGUCAGCAACAAAAUCGUAUGGGAGGUGGUGGUAAGGUGUCUCACUGGAAGGAUAUGCCUGCUCCGAACAUGGGCCGCUCCAUGCAAGGGUGCCCCCCAGGAAUGCCUCAAAACAGAAUGCCCGGAAACAACCCUGGCAACAUGAAGCCAGACAAUCCACUCUGGUCGCACCCUGGCCGCAAUGGUUCUUGGGAUGGCCCUCACGAAGGCGCUGGCGGUAACCCCUGGGUGGAAGAGCCCAAGGGAGGGCUUGGAGGAAUGAACAACUGGAAUGAUCCACCGCUCACGCCGUCUUGGGGUGGGCCUAAGCCCAAGACUCCUAUGAACCAAGGAGGCUGGGUCGACAAUGACAUGGACGCCUCUUGGGGUCAGCCCAAAUCUGGUCCAAAGCCUGCCAAGGAGAUGAUUUGGGCAAGCAAGCAGUUCCGCAUGCUCAGUGACAUGGGCUACAAGAAGGAUGAUGUCGAGAAUGCCUUGAGAGUCUCUAACAUGAAUCUGGAAAAUGCUCUUGAGAUGCUGAAUGCAAGUGGUAGAAUGAACAUGGAUGGGUGGCGUGCGGGUCACGAAGAUCAUGGUUUUGAUAUUGGUGGCAGCAGCCAUCCAGCUGGUGGUUCUGGUUCUGCAUUCUCAAAUCGCUUCCAGAGCGCUCCACCAAUGCAUUACGCCCCUCCGGGUGGUCCGGGUCUGAACAGCCAGCCUAGUCUUAUCAACAUGAAUAAUGCCAAUCCUAGUCUCACCAACAUAAGUCCUGCAUUGGUUCAGAAAAUGUUGAUGCAACAGCCGCCGCCUCAGCAGCCACCGUCACAGCAGUCUGCUCCAUUCAAUCAAUCACAGCGCAACUCCCAAAAUCAGCCCUCAGCUCAGCAACUGCAAAUGCUGGUUAAACAAAUACAGAUGGCUGUGAGUGCAGGCUAUUUGAACCAGCAAAUUCUCAACCAGCCUCUCUCGCCUCAAACUCUUCUUUUGCUGAAUCAGUUGCUGCAGCAAAUCAAGGUCCUGCAAACCCUGACCCAACAGCAUGCUGUGGUUUCUACUCAAAAGAAUAGCCCAGCAAUGCUCAACAUAUCCGUUCAGCUUACGAAGACUAAGCAACAAAUUGCUAACCUUCAGAACCAGAUUCAGGCACAGCAGGCCUUGUAUGUUAAGCACAUGCCUCCACAAGGACCUCCAGACUAUUUCAAACCUGACCCCAUGGGUGCCAUGCCCAGCUUCAAUGAUUUGACCAUUAAGGAGCCACCGGUGAUGAAUGAUCAGUCAUUCCAAAGUCCACAAUCUCGCCUGAAUCAGUGGAAGCUGCCGCCUUCCUUGGACAAGGAUUCUGAUGGCCUGGGCAAUGAAUUUAGCCGUGCCCCAGGCACUACCAGCAAAGCUCCUGGUUUGUCCCAAAGUCACUCAUCGCCCAACAUUAACCCAAUCCUCAGCCAGGGAGAUGGCCCAUGGGCAAGUGUGAGCCGCUCCAACUCUGAUACGGGUUGGCCAGAUUCUGCGGGUGUCAUUGAGAGUGGCGCCUCAGAUAAAGAUUGGCCAAUAACAUCUCAGUCUAAUUCAUUUUCUGAUCUUGUGCCCGAAUUUGAACCUGGCAAACCCUGGAAGGGUAUGAAGUCCAUUGAAGACGAUCCCAACAUUACUCCUGGGUCAGUGGGGCGCUCACCAUUGUCCUUGGCUGCACUGAAGGAGCCAGAAAUGUUUCCUUCUGGUGGUGUAAGCAAAACUUCACCAACUUCUUCUGGUGGUGAAAUCAUUACUCCUUUGAGUCUCUCGUCGUCGUCGACAUGGAGCUACAGCAAUACGGGGUCUUCAACUGCCACCUCCUUUGCCAGCCCCCUCGGCAAGCUCGGCUCCAAGGGUCCUUGGGGUGACGGCCCGGUGCCCACGCCUGCCAACUCGGAGCUGUGGGGCGCGCCGCAGAACAAGCCGCGUGGACCGCCGCCGGGACUGAGCAGCAAGAAUCCCAACGGCGGCGGCAACGGCGCGGCCGGCGGAGGAGGCCAGGGCGGCGGAGGCACGGGGUCGAGCGGCAGUAGCACGAGCAGCAACGGCUGGGGCCGCGGCUCUGGCGGCGGCAACGGCUCCGGCUCCGGCGGCGCUGCGUCGUGGGGCAUUCAGGGCGCAGGUGCGACUGCGACGCCCGGGGCGGGAACGGCGGGAACGGGCACCACUGGAACUGCGGGCUGGGGCUCUACGUGGCUCCUCCUUAAGAAUCUCACACCACAGAUUGACGGGUCCACUCUGAAGACGCUAUGCCUUCAGCAUGGUCCUCUUCAGAGCUUUCAUUUGUACCUGAAUCAUGGCAUUGCACUCGCCAAAUACCAGAGCCGUGAAGAGGCCAACAAGGCCCAAGCGGCAUUGAAUAACUGCGUCCUGAGCAACACAACGAUUUUCGCUGAGUCUCCAAGUGAUAGUGAAGUGCAUAACCUGCUCUCACACCUUGGUGGGCACGGUACCGCCCAGCAACAGCAGAGUGGAGGUUCCGCUCCCAACUGGGGCAUGCGCUCCUCCAGUGGAGGGGCAGGGGCUAACCCGGGAGCUCCCCCUGCUCCUGGGAAGGCCCCUCAAUCCUCUCAGGACACAUGGGGAUCUAGUGGAGGUAGCAAUAGCAGCCAGCUGUGGGCUAACACCCCAUCUAGCAGUGUGCUGUGGGGAAAUUCGCCCAUGGACUCGAGUGGGGACCAGCACCGGGCCACUCCCUCUGCUUUCCUCCCUGGUGACCUACUGGGAGGAGAGAGUAUGUGAGUCUAGGUGAGAAAGUCCCACAUCAUCCAUCGCAAUUUCUUUAAUGUAAGGCAUUGUACAAUCACUGACUGACAUAUCUCAAUUGAAAGCAAUUCCUGUGGUUUUGGUCUUCUGAGAACUGAAGUAGACCAAAGGAUAUGAAGCCUGUUCUCAAAACCAGUCAGUGCUUUCAUUGACAUAACUGAAAGCAGUUACCUAAAAUUAAGGCUCAGAGAAUUAUUCUAAGUGUUGUUUACAAUGAUUUAUCAUGUUUAGUAUCCCCUGGCUCUACCUGUGAUCUCAACUACCUUAAUCAAACGGCUGCUUUUUCCCUGUUGUUGUUUAUUAAUCUGAUUAUUAAUUGUAGUGGAAGGACUCUCCAAAAACAAACAAAAAAAGAUACAUAUUUUUUAAAAAACGAGAGUUCUUUUAUAUGCAAACAGACUGCACGCCCAAGUAUAUUUAACUGUUUACCUUUCCAUUGUUAUGAUUUAUGUUUUGUUCACCUUCCAAGUUUCACAGAGAGCCAGCCAUUUUGAGUCUCAUUUACCUGAAAUGGCUGUACAAAUCGUCAACUUUUGUAUUCACACCCAUGUGCUGUGACGUUCAUGUGUCGUUUUUGUCUUAGAUGUGUGAUGAAAUUGCUUUUGUAGUCCAUUUCUCUCUCAAGUUGUAAUUGUAGUCAUGUCUUUAAUUGGUGCAACAAAAUCACAAAUCAUCACAUCAAUGCUACCUAUGUGGUAUUGACAUUUCUAAGUUUUAUUAUUUUAUUAUAAAUUAUAUGUGUAAUGUGUAUCAGGGUUGGAACCCUACAGAGGCUCCACAUUCAAAGAUUAUUCUAAGUACUUGCAUUAGCUAAUUGAUGGUUUCAUGUGUACAUGUUUGAAAUGCCAACUGUAGUGCUUAGUUGAUGUGACCGAUCUAAGUUAACUGAGUAGUGAAAAGAUGAGAUUUGAAUUUGUGGUUAAUGGAAUGUGCUUUACUGUUGUUUCCUCUCUGCCAAUACUUGUACCAAAUAUUAUAUUAAACAGGAAACAUGUUUUACCUAGACUCUAAGGGUAUGAUAAUGUCAAUAGGAAGUAAGAUUUUAAUAUAGAAGUAAAUGGAAAAUAUACGAUAAAUGAUAUGGGGGAAGUGAAGUAACAAUUAACAAAAUGAGCAUUCUCCCCAAGUGUAGACUAAUGUCUUGGGACUCAACAAAUUGUGACUUAGGUCGCAUCGCUUCUUGAAUGUGAUAUAGCAACUAUAAUGGACCUGUGAAAUAAAAAAACCCUUGUCAAUUGUGACUUACUUGAGUGUGAAGAGUUGAACAGAGAGAGAGAAAUUCAAUGAAUACGUACACACAUCCUGUUUGGCUGUUGUCUUUAAUAUAUUGAAGAUCAUAGAGAUAUAUAAAUAAAUAUAUAUUAUAUUAUAUUAUAUUCAUGAAACAUAUAAUUAACUAAUAUGCCUAGAUUCCUAGAACUGAUGUUUUAUUAAAGUACAAGUGUUCAAGUCAUGUGUUUUUCCUCUAAGUGAAAAACAUGCCAGCAUUUUGCUUGAUGGUUUCAUGUUUUCGAGGGGUUAUUUGGUGUCUUGCUGAAAAAUACCAAGACCUUCAAUGCCUUUUCAAAAGUAAUACAUGAAGCAUAUUUGUUGUUUGUGUUCUGUGUUUAGUGCUUUCUGGUAUUACCUCUGUGACCAAAAGAAUGAUAUGGUCUUGUGAUGCAAUUUCUAUUAAUCUAUCAGAUUCAAAAGUAGAAUUAUGAUAUUUUGCGUGUGAAUGUGGCUAUUGAAACUCUUCAGUUAACUGUGAAGCUCAGCUUUAGUAGAAUUGAUGUUAAACUUGUUAAGAGAGUUACUCUUAAAGAAAUCUUGCACAAAUUAAGUUGGACUAGCUGAUAUGGGUACUGUCCAUCACCUGUGAAAGCAUGAAUUUGAGGCAUGUACCAUUUCUUAGUAUUUUAUAUCCCAACAGUAUUUUGUGAUGUCAGUGCCACCUUGUUGAAGUUGAUACAUGUCAGAAUAUUAAUUGAAAUGUGUGCUUUAAUAAUAUUAUUGAAUGUAGUAGUAAUAAGCUCGUUCAGCGACAUUGGAAAUGUUAGUGUUACUUCUUCAUGGUUAAUCAUAAAAUUUAAUUUUGAUGAAUUACAUGAGCCAUAUCAAUUAUUUGAAAACUAGUUUCCUCAUUACUGCUUGUUUUAAAAGUAUAUCUUGUGACUUCAAAAGUGAGAUGGUCUGUUAUAACAAGUCUGCCAAAAUGUGUUUUCUUUUAAUUAUUAUUUUUUAAUAAUAGAUUUUUUUUAAAAACAUAAAAUUGACUCUCUAAUACUUUUGAUAGCGGUAGUGUACAUAGAUUGGUAGUUGGAUUUUAACUAAUAACAAGAGCAAACGCCAAAAUUUGACCAAGUAUUUUCUUUAUUUUAUUGUUUUGUUUUACUCUGCAUUACAUUGAUGGUUAAGAAAAACAAGCUUGGUGCAUAGUUGUAAGAAUUGGCACUGAUAUUUUUCUUCCAGUGAUCUUACAUAAUGUGAAGAUAAAUGUGUAUUACUUCGUAGGUACAAAAAAUCAAUUUUGAACACACCUGUCUGUUUCAUGUUCAGAAGCUCUGAAUGUAUUAGUGCAUUUUUGUGUUUUGUGCAUAAACCAGCAUUGCAGGAAUCUGGCUUAGUCAUCUAGUAUUUGCCAAUACUUAAUUGUAUUAUUAUGAAUAUAUUUCUAAUGUCAUUGGAACUCUUCUAACAGUGCUAAUGAGUAGUUUAAAAGACACUGAAAAGACAAAGUCUCUGAGAAUCGGUAAUGGUAGCUAAUAUGCUCUCUGUGAGAUUCUUCAAUACUCUUCAUCAGGCCAUCCUGCCCUGUUGGUUCAACUUUGCCCAGCUGGUUUCUGAUAUGUUAGUUUGGGUUUCUGGGUUCUCUUAUGCACUUAAUAUCACUGGGUAAAUUAAAUAAUUGUAAAUAUUUGGUUGAAUGUAAAUUCCUUCUAGCAAUUAAGUGUUACUUAAGAUAAAGGGUUGUAGUGUUCCAUUAAUUUGAUGUGUGUUAAUGAAUUUUCAAAUGUGCAGGUUUACAUGUCGGCCACCAUUUGUGAUAGCAAAUUAAGUUGAUGUGUUGAACACUGUUCAAGGAGCGCCUUCCUAUAAUAGAGCAUUGAUACUUAGUUUUAAGCAAGAUUUUUAAAAACUGUUUGCUUGAUAUUAACAAAAGACUUAGGGGGUCAUGCAAAUGCUAAACUGGAACUUGUGCCAUGUGGUCUACUAUGACCAAAAAAACCUUUAAAUGUAAAUUCAAGCACUCUUUCAUCCAGAUACUUUUCCUGCUUUUGCUUAGUUAACUAAGUAUCCAGUUCCAUCUCAUUUGACCCCCUCCCAUUUCUCCAAUAUAUUUCUUGUGACAGAAAAGCCAUUGUACUUGUAGUUGUAGCUGAUAGAUUACCAGUACAAUCUAGGGUUGAUGUGGGAAAGAUCAGGACUGUAGUUUACUAGUUAGUUUAAAUGGAGUAUCUGGUUUAGUUUGAAUUGUUUUGUUUUUCUGUUAUGUUUUCAAAGCAUGUUUGUCUCUUGUUGACUGGUGUGCUUUUGUUACCAGACUCCCUUUAAUAUUAGUUAAUUUAAUGAGCUCCAGGUUACACAGAUCUACUUACUCCUUCCGUCUGCCAGAGGAUGGGUGUACUGCACUGGUUAGACACUCCUGAGAAUCGUGCCUGACUGACACACUACUAGUCUCCUAGCUGUAAAAUCAGUAAUUCUUAAAAUUAUCUAAGGUUUACAAAUUUGUUUUAUACUGGCAUUUUUAAUACAAUCAUGGGUAUACUUAAAGAAAAAUGCACAAGUCUUUUAUCAAUAAUAUUGACUUUUCUAUAUUUUUAUUUCCAAUAUUUUCUUCUUUGUUCCCCUUUUUUUGGUAGACAGUUUGGUUAUGGUUGCGUUUGAAUGACAUUUAGACCCAGCAACAUUAAGGAACACGGCACUUAUGUUCAUUGUUGCUUGUGAUACUGUGACUUUGUCUGAGAGGACUACCGCAAUUUUUUGAGUGGUUAUUUUGUGUUUUCAUGUCACUGUUUAAUAUUUAAUACCAAUUAUUAUCAUUGGAUGUUCGUUUAUUUUGUAAUAAAUUUGAAAAAAGUAGUUCUGUAAUCCCAUUCUUUCGAAAUUACCCUUACCCGCCUAAAGGCCUACAAGGCUCAUGAGUCCUAUCUUGUGGAUUUCAUUUGACAUUCCGACCAGCAAAACCAAUCAAUUUAUGUACCUGAUUUGUGUCACUCAAGCCAACAGUCCUAAUCUAGGCGGGAUAAGUAGAUUUUGUCUUUUCUUUGUUUUUUAGCAUUGUAUUCAUGAAGCAAUAUAUGAAAUGAAGUAACCACUCAGUGACCUUUUUGGUUUUUAUUUUAUUUGUCAUUGGUCAAAAGGCCUAUUGGUGUGGAGUUUUUGUCCAAAAUAUUAUGAAGGAAAUUUCUUGUCUUGCUGAUAAUGGUGUCAUUCUUAGUACGCUGAAUUCCUGAUGAAUUUUAGUCAAAUGAUUUUGUUUUUGUGUUCUCAUAGACUUGAUGAUUGCUGUAAAUCACCACCUCUCGUAAAACUAUUUUGGCUCCAAAUAUUGAACAUAAGUGCCUGCAUUUGAGCAUUUUAUGGUACCAUCCAUAUUACCCAGUUAUCGUCCAUGUCAGAAAUGUAACUAACAACAUAUCAGUUAAAUUUUUGUUUUUGAUCCUCAUUUUAAAUUGAAUUGCAAAGAGUUGGAGAGAUAGGAACUAAGUAGAUUAUUUCCUUCAUGAUGAUUUUUCAACAGACUCGUCAUGCCUAAGGUCGCACCUUUUGUCCAGUCAGGCACACCAUCAAUUCUUGCUGGUUUUGUUUUGGCAUCAAUACAAAGAACCUUGAUGGAGUGUCUGUAAAUGUUUGCUCAGUAAAGUCAGUGUUUCACCUGCAUGUCCUUUAGAAAUGCACAAAAUAUGUGAGUUUUGUUAUGUACAAGCACAAUGAAUGGACGACAGCAGUAAGGGUCAUUUUGCUAGCAAUCCAUCAAACUUUCUGUUUUAGUACAUGUUAUGUUUUAGAAAAAGAUCUUUUUUGUUCCAGUAGAGUAAAUGAUUCCCAGUGGUAUGUGGCACUGCUAAAGCUUUCUCUUAAAGUGUGCAGCAAAAAAAGAAAAAAAAGCAAACAAAAAAAACAAGGGUUUUCGCUUGUGGAUGGUAAAGAAAAAAAGAGAGAGCUAUUCAUGCCAAAUGUCUGACCUAAGUUCAUCAAUCUUUUAGUCAAUUGUGCUCUGACAUCAUUUAUAGAGGAUUUUUAUGUACCUACGUGAUCCUACUGUUGCUCAUAAAAUAGCCACUGGGAAUUGUCAUUCAUCAGACUAAUUUGAGCCUAUCUUUUCAUCUUAUUCAAUUUGGGGAACAUGAUUCUUCAUUGCCCAUAUCAUUAGUUGUGUCUUUUGUGCUUAUCAACAUUUUAAAAAAUAGCUAUCAGAGACUCAGGCAAUUGUGCUUGUGGACAUCGUAAGUAAGGUAAACACUGUGGUGGAACAUUUAAAGCUUAACCGACUGUAGAACUGUAUGUUGUCCAAUCUUUAAAGUAUAUUAUUAGCAAAUUAUUCAGGACCAUCAUAAGUAGAAACUUCUGUUGUAAUUACCACAUCUGCCAGGAUGUGUUCCAAGUCUUCAACCAAAAGACACUCAGUUGUUGGUAUGAAUGGAAGUUGUAAGGAGGUAUUGUCAAGGAAAGUUGCUGAAGUCAUUGUAUCAGCCUUAUAUUCAUUUCUUAUGACAUGUUACCACAUGAAAUAUCCCCUCCAUUAAUUUUAUGGUUGUGAGUUGUUGUAAUGGCACUUCCUAGAUUAGUGUGUAUAGUGAGAACUGUAGCUUUUGAUCUUAAUAUUAUUUAGAAUGCUUUUUUUAUUAUUAUUCAGCUUUACAAAAGUUAAGUGUGACAAAAAAAAUGUACUCAUGUGAUGAAUGUGUUUGUUAUUUAUAGGCAAUCGUGGAGGAUGUUCAGUCAAGAGGUCUGAUUUCUGUUGUCCUUCAUUGUGAAGUGCCUUUUAUGAAGUCCUUAAUGUGAUUUCUUAAAGACCUUUUAUUUUCUUAGUCAAGUGAAAAUGUGCAAUUUACGUUCGUGCUGAAACUUAAGGAAAAUUGUUUAAACAGUUAGCUAAGUGGCAUAAAGUUUGACUAAAUGUAUUAUGUCAACUGCCAGUGUUGUUUCUCAGGUGAUGGUGUGAAGGUUGUAAAUAAUUGUUGGGGCUUUGGAUUGGAUUGAGGGAAUAGUAGGGUUUCCAGCCCUGGAAGACUACUUUUGCUUAUUCUUUUAAGAUAUUCCAACCGAGUUUCUUUAACUCGGGUAUGCUUUGUGCAUCAGCUCAUUCUUUGACAUGUAAGAAUUCCUACUUGAAUGAAAGAUGUACUCAGUUAGUGAGCUUUCAUUUUUAAUUUAUUUUUGUCAGUAGUCUUGCAACCAGCUUCCUUGUGAGUUCUAUAUGUUAGCUAUGUUAUGGCUGAUAGGUUUGCUGAACAGAACACUGAAUGCUGAGAGAGAACUUGUUACUGUAGGAGCUCAUGGUGAAGCAGUGAUAUUCUUAACACAGUGUUGAACUUAUGCAGAGACUAAAAAAUUUUGUAUUUAUGGUCUAUUUUGAUGUUAACAAUCUUUUUAUGUCUAAUGUUUUGUGUAUUUUUGAACAAUUUGCUGUGGAAUUCUGUUAGACCUAACUCAGGACACUCACUUUCUUUCCAACUGGAGAGCAACUUUCAGAGACAGGGUUCUGUAACCAUGAAAUUGACAUAACCAUUUCUGGUCCAUAUCGAAAAACUUACAAUUUGUGGAACACAAUUUUGUUUUGAUUUGCUCAAAAUGUUCAUGUUAAUCAAUUUAGGCAAUGGUCCUCUACACAGCAUUUCUAUGGUCCUAUAUUACAUCUGCAGAUUAUGCAGCGUACCAUAAACAAAAGGGUGAUACAUAAAGUGAAUAGAAGCAAGGUUAGUGUUACUUGUAGGGAAAGAUCUCGUCUAAUGAAAUACGAUCUGCCAUGUUAAUAGUCAUGAACCAAUUUCCUCUAUUGUAAAUGUGAAAUAAGCAGAAGACUGGAAAUUUCAUUAACCAUAAUAUCCAGGUACAAAAGAAACCUGUGAACAGUGGAUACCUUCACUAAUUUUCACCUAUAUCUAUGAAGUAAAUUCAUUAUUUUAACCCCUGUAUCAAAUAUGCAGAGUUUACUUUACCUUAUUUUCAUUGUGACUUUCAAUGUAGGACUCAAGUGAGCUUACAACCUGGUCAGCAGUGGGAAUUGCUCUCCAUUUUGUCAAAACAUGUGCCUUUUCUUUUCAUUUCUUUUAAGGGAAAAAAUUGUCUUAAGUGAAACUUGUGGAUGUAAACAUUGCUUUUAAUACUGAGUGUAUCAAACACAGUGUGUGAUAAAAGGCAUUCAGAUUUAUAUAUUACUGUUCAAAUAAGGAUAAAAUCUUGCACCUAGUCCAAGCUUUUUCAUUUCUUCUAUUUGUGUAUCUACUAAUUGUGAUUAAUUUUCCUAUCUGUGCCUGUAUUGUCCAUGCCUGUCUCUGUGCGUCAGUCAUGAGAAGAAAAGAAGGGAUGGUUUACUCUAAUUUCUUCAAACUUGUGAGGUCAGGGAAAACUGAGCAGUUUUCGGAUUUAUGAUAGUUCAAUGCUGAAUCAUUUUUCUUCAUGUGCUGCAUGAAACUAAUUAUUCAAUUAUUACCGUACCUUCCUUCUGAAAUUUCCAUUUCAUGUCUGCAUAGUCUUAGUCGUACUAUAAAUUCGGUCUGAGUAGUCAUGGUCCUUUCACUUUCGUAUGAGUGUAUGUAAACCGUAUUUAAUUUAGGAAUGGGAAAUUUAAAGAGACAAUAAAUUCUACAAUACAAUCAAGGAAAAUAUUUACUUCUCUAGCAUUUUAACAGGUCAUUGUUAAAGUUACAUACUAUAUCCCAAUCUGUACCCUCUUACUUAAACAUUUUACAAGCUUUUAUUUCGAAGUCUAAUUACAGAAAAUUAUUUGGCAAAGCUUGAAACCUUGCAUACGGUUGGCUAAAAAAGUGAAACUAUCAACAUAUCCUUCCAUCCAUGUUGUGAUGGUUAACUGCUCUGAAUUCCUUCCUACAUCACAAUGAUCAUAUUUUAACUGGUGAUUGAAUUCCAGGAAAUAAGUGGUAUAUCUCAUUUUGCACAAUGGACUGAAGCACAGAUUAGACUGUAUUUGUAUUUUUCCCCGCACUCAAUAAGUUGUAAGAUGUUAAAAAUGGAAUUUCUUAGUCACUUAACGAUUCCAUUUACCAGUCAUGACAAAGUAAAAAGAAAAAGUACCCCUGAUCAGUAUUUAUCUGUGUAUGCUGAAGAAUUUUUAGUCCAAAAUUAAUUUACUUUUGUAUCAUAGAUGUCCAACUUGUGUUGGCAUUUCAUACAACAGAAAAUCAACCCCUAUUUUCUGCCACUUUGGUGCUGUUGAUUAUGACUAUUUUACUGUAUUCCAUUUCUUGUGUUCCUGCCAAGUUCAAAUGUUGGAAUGUUGCACAUAUAUUACAUACUUAAUGCUUGCUAUGAAUUAAAUUUCAUAAUACGCUUGCUGUGAAUGAAAAUGUUGCAUUGUGUAUCAUCUUGGUCUUAAAUAAAGUAAAAAUAUAAAGCUAAAGAAAUGAGCUCUACUAUAGUUCCUGUUCUACUCCUCAGUGAGUGGCAACCUUCAAUCAUGUGUGAGAUAUUUUAAGGUGACACAAUUGAUAAUAAUCCCAGAAUGCCUAAGAACAAAUGAUCUGGAGACACUUGACACAAAUCUGGUCAGUAGCAGAGAUCACUGAAUCUGUAUGAAAAUGUUCACACUUGAGAAGAAUUAUAUCAGCCCCAAAGUUUCAAGUAAGAGAUGCAGAAAGUGAAUAUGAGUGAACUGUCCUCUAUCACAGCCAAUCAUGCAGUUUUAUGCCUGCCUUUUGGGGGUUUCAAUCCACUGCAUUUUGCAUUAAGUCUCAGUGCUCCUCAGCUCUUUUAAUCACAAAACUGCUCAGAUAUUCUCAAGUGGGAAGACAGAAAAUUGAAACUGAGUGCCAAAGUUCCAAGCUCCUAUCACAUCACCUUGGCAUGCUCUCCUUCCUGAUGCUGACCUACACGUGUAGCAUGUUUCCUAAACCAUUCGUCAGGCUCUAGUUUGCAAUCAUUAGAUUUGUGUGUUGUAGAAUAUUUAAGCAUUUGCUCACAAAUAUUUGUCUUCUGUGUGAUAUGUUUUAAAUUAAAUUAAAAUUGUGAAUGGUGUAGUGUUUCUGAAGUCCUGAUAUUGUUGGUUCUUAUAUGCAUGUACUGCUGGGUGUCAUUGUUUAGUAGUACCUACUACCAUCCUUCAUUAAUUGUAAUACAUAACAAAAAUAUCAAAAUGGGAUUUUACAAGAACUGUCUUUUUUUUCUUUUGGUUGACAUUGUAAAUUCUGUGCAUCCUGCAAAGAUAAGCUUCUUUUUGCAUCUGCUACAUAAUCGAGUCUAAACUAGAAUUUCUAUAAGGUUUACAAGUUUCUUAUGUGUAUGUAAUGGAAAACGAACCAUAUAAGAUUCCAUUCGUAAUACCUAUGUAUGUUCUCUUUGCAUAAUUUCAAACUGUGUUCUACUCAUAUAAAACUUAAGAUUUAUGUGUGCUGGUCGUGUCGUGAUGUUGCUUGAUCAGUUAAUCAAUCAAUCUAUAAUUUUUGGUUGGUAGCAUGCAUCUUGACUAUGUUACAUUUUCUACUAUCUUUCUCUCUCUCUUUUCUCUCUAUAAACCCAUAGAGUAGAGAUUUAAAGAUGGUUAGGGUAAACCUUGUGAUCUGGAUGCUGUCAUUAAUUAAUGAAGGAAGAGGUUGCUGGUUAACUGGCUGGCUCAAAUUAUGCAUUAUUAAGUCAUAAGCAUGAGAAAGGAUUUCAACGCAAGACUUAGUGGCAUUGCAUUGCUCUCAACUUGUGAUUUUGUCUAUAGACUGGAGCUUAAAUUAAAGUACAAUAUUUUUGAAAUAAAUGAUGGAAAACAAAAUAAUUGAGUUGAAAUAACAGAACAUCACACUAUUCUGAAUCCACUCUGUGUUCCAUUGUAGAUUGGGAAGAUUGGUUAAGCACUAUAAGUGCUGAUGAUUGGCUAAUGUCUAAAGUGAUUCUAAAACAUUUGCCGGAUCCACAAGGUGUAAUUUUGUUACUUCCAGGCUUGAUCAGGGCUAGUUGUAUGAAUUCACCAUCCUGUCUUUACAAUUUAUCUGUGAGAAGCUGUGUUGUUUUAUGAAAUUUGAUUUAGUUGUAUGUUGAUUGCUUGCCGACAUUUUCCUAAGUGAUGUCCUAAGGUGAUUUUUUUCCUGAUGAAUAUUUAUAGAAUUGUUGAGAACUUUCAUGCAGUUGAAAUGAGUACUGAAAUUUUUCAACUUUUUAUUUUAGGCUGUUGGGUACUAGUCUGUUGGAAAAUACUGAGUUGAGAUUUCACAAGAAGUUAUUUUAAUUAAUUUGAUUUAUUUUCCUAGAGUAUGUUAUUUACACUGCAUAAAACUUUUACCAUUUACACUGGCCAAGAACCAGACUUGUUCACUGUAUGCUUGGUGGGGGUUGGAUGGAUUCUGUCAUACUUGAGAUGCCGAAGAUGGGUGUCUUGAAUGUCCUAAUAUGUGAUCCUUUCAUUCAGUUUCUUCCGUAUUAAUCUAGAUUUUGAGUGAGCCACACUUCCUCAAAUCACUGUCAAAAGCUGACCAUUUGAACUAUGACGGUGUUUAUCAUACUUUCCAAGAAAGAAAAAACAAAUUGAAGAACAGAGCAAUCCCUGUCACUUGCAGAUUCCUUUUAAGUAGUGGUUUCCUGUUUCUGUUUUUAUAACCAUUGUGAUUCAUACAUCUUGUUUUUUUUUUCUUUUUUGUAUCUUUGUUCUUGUAUUCCCAUUGUGUUCUUUUUGUGGUGCAUAUUAUGGUAAUGACUUUAAAUGUAAAAGUAAGAAUGUGGUUUAACUUCCCUUUGCAAUACCAUAACAUGGUGGGGAGCCAUGGUAAGCCUGUCCAAAUGGAACUGUCAGUAUAGUUGUUUGGCAAAGUGGGUUCUGUUAUUUUUUUUCGAAUGUUGUUGCUUCAUUAGUAAUAUUUGUUAUAUACAGUCAUAAUUAUCUACCUUAGCCUAUGUUUUUCUUGGUGUUUUAAGGUUUGUGUAAUGAAAGUUCUAGAAAAAUGCCAGUGACUCUUAAAGGAUUUGAUAUGUUAAUAUAUUAAUAUAUGUUAAAUCAUGUGAUGUAUAGUAAUAUAUUAAUUUAUCAGUUUAUAUUAUUGUACCAUCCUUAUCUGUAAGACCAGUAUGCAUUCAAUAAAGGUUGUCCUAAA